AUGGACCCCAACACCUGGUCCGCCGAUUUGUUUCAACUAGCAUCUCAAUGGCAGGAAAAGGGGUUACUGACCAGGUACAAUGUCUUUAUGGCAAUUUCGAUCACUGUGACCGCCCUCUAUUUGAUUCACAAAGGGAUUUCGCGCGCUAGAAGCUUUAGAGCGCCGCUCGUUGGACGUCGAUUUUCAUGGGAGCCCAAAUGGUUGAUCGGGCUCCGAUUCUCUCAAUAUGGUCUUGAACACCUAAUGGAGGGUUGUAAAAGGUUCAAUGAUGGGAUUUUCAAAGUCGCUCGAAACGACACCGAUAUUCUAGUCAUCCCCAAUCGAUAUGUCGACGAGUUGCACUCUAAGCCGGAAGAGCACAUCAGCGCAAUCAAAGCGCAUAUGAAAAAUCUACUCGGAAAGUAUUCUACCAUCGAUAUCCUGCAAGAGGGGAAUCUACACACGCAUGUCUUACAGACUAAAUUGACCCCAAAUUUGGGAUCUCUGAUGAGCACAAUCGAAGAGGAGCUUCGGUUUGCCAUGACGGAAGAAAUUCCAUCCACCCACGAAGACUGGAAGGAUGUGUCUAUCUACGACAUCAUCCUUCACCUGGUGGCCCGAAUCUCGGCGAGAGUGUUUGUAGGUCAACCGACCUGUCGCAACCAAGAAUGGCUUGACACAUCAAUCCGGUUCACGGAACAUGCUUUUCUCACGCUCGCGAUCCUCCGGCGGCUGCCGAAGUUCCUACACCCCAUAGUGGCCCCUCUUCUUCCCAGCUACUGGGCGGUUCAUCGAGACUUACAAACGGCUAAACGAAUUAUCAGUCCUAUUGUGAAACAACGCACAGCUGAUGAGGCCUCAGGGGAGCCUGGGUAUAAGAAACCGACCGAUCUUCUUCAGUGGAUGAUAGAUGUGGCCAGCCCCAGGGACGGACAACCUGACAAGCUGGCCCACCGACAACUCGUCCUCAGUCUGGCCGCCAUUCACACAACGACGAUGGCUGUGGCGUACGCCAUCUAUGAUCUCUGCCAGUUUCCUGAAUAUGUCGAGCCACUGCGGCAAGAGAUCACCGACUCUCUCGAACAAGAUGGUAAAUGGGCAAAGACUACCCUCACCAAGAUGCACAAAUUAGAUAGUUUCAUCAAGGAGAGCCAGCGGCUGAGCCCCCUAGUCUAUGUGCUGAGCUUCCAGCGAAUCGUCAUGCAAGAGGUUACCCUCUCAGAUGGAACUGCCCUUCCUAAGGGCACACAUAUCAGCGUACCGGCUGCGGAAGUCCUACAAGGAAAGGCAUUUGAUUCCUCCUUUGACGGAUUUCGAUACUCACGAAGACGCCAGAACUCCGGUGAGGCGCACAAAUAUCAGUUUGCCACGACCGACAAGAACAGCCUGCAUUUUGGUCAUGGCAAAUAUGCUUGUCCCGGUCGCUUCUUUGCGGCUUAUGAGAUUAAAAUGAUUAUCUCCCACUUGCUGAUGGACUACGACUUCCGGUUUCCUCCAGGGACCUCGCGACCAAAAGUCUUUUCGGCUGAUGAAGUUCUGCUUCCUGAUCCAUCUACAAGGGUCUUGAUGCAUAGGAGAACGGACUCCGCACAUUCUAACUGUCAUUGA